CCCCUGGGGACGCAGACGCUCACGGCCUUGUGGCCGGACCGGGGUCCCCAUCCUGUGCUCAACAUUCCUGCGCGGCCUCCCUGGACCCUGGCGUGUGCCCAUGGCCUGCUCGGAGGAGGCAGCUGAAGAAGAGGAAGCGGGGCAGUGCUGGGUCAUGCUGUGGUCACACCUGGCUGUCGCUCAGAUGCUGCCUUGGGGCUCCCGAGAGCCCCAGCCGAGGGUCGUGGGGACCACAGGAGCAGGCGGCCGGAAUGGACACCGGCGCCAUGUUGGAGCAGGCGCCCUGCGGUUCUGAGCCCAAAUCACCUGUCCCCCCCUUUGACUCUGGAGCUGCUGUCUUGGCCUCCAAAAGCAGCUGUGGACCCUGGAGACCUGAGGACCCAGAUCGUUUCUCCGCCAUGCAGGAUGAGCAGGAGGACAGUUUUGCAGAGCAGCUCAGUGAGAGCACAGAGGACCUCAGCCUGGAUUUGGAGGCCCUGGAGGGCAGCGAGUAUCUCCAGGACCUGGGCCUGGGGGGCCCUCCCCCCAGCCCGCCUGAGGGGCCCUCAAGCAACAGCACCCCAAAGGCAGAAUUGGAGAGAGACUCGCCCUUCUCAAGCUCCGCAGGAGCCCAGAUCCUGGGGCGAAGACGUAGCUGGGAGAGGUCACGGAGCUGCUCAGAGAGCUGGCAGAGGCUCAGCUGUGAUGCCCCCCCGCCUGCAGAUGGGGGGCCCGGCCUCUCUCGGACACUGGCCAGCCUUACUCUCAAUCUGUCGGGAGAGGGGCUGAAGACCUGGACCCAAGGGAGCCUGUCAGGGGGCAGGUCCAUGGCAGAACAUGUGUGUAAAGAUGGUGGUAGCCCCGAGAAGAGAGGGAGGUCCAGGUCGGCGCCCCUGGCCUGCGAGGAGAUCGGCUCCCUGGAUCUCACUCUGAGCUCAGAAGCUGCACCCGUGCAAGGCCUGGAACCCCCAGAGCUGGAGAGCCUGGAAAAGGACCACGUGGAACCAGACCAUGUGCUGAUCGUUCAGCAGGUGCUGCAGGAGCUCCGCCAGUACCACGGGGCUCGCCUGGCCACCAGCCCCGGAGCAGCCCCUGCCAGCCUCACCUGGUUCGAGUUCCUGUCCGAGACCGAGGAUGGUGCCCCCAAGAAUGAGAAGAUCAUCAAGAGCACCAGGGUGAAGAGGAGUCUCAGCAGCUUACGCAGCCGGGUCACCAGGCAGAAGGAGAAGGGAAAGAGCCCGGCGCAGCUGAAGGACAAAGCCCAGGACGGCAGGGACAGGUGCGAGUGUGUCCACGGGCACCAGCUGGCUCGGGGGACCCUCGCAGGCCACUCCAGCUGCCCACUGUGCAGGAAGCCGUGCCCGAGCCCCGCCUCCAUGAAGGAGCCCCCGCCUCGGGGCUCCCUCCUAUCUGAUGGCAGCCCAGCCCCUUCCAGGAGUGUGGUCGGCAUGACGGUCUCACAGAAAGGGGGUCCCCAGCCAACACCCAGCCCUGCCGGCACUGGAGUCGGAACCGGGGUGCGACUCGGCCCAGUCACAGGAGAGAUGGACGAAGCCGAUUCUACGUUUCUGAAGUUCAAGCAGGCAGCUGAGGACUCCCUCACCCUUACAGUUGCCAGCACUGAGCCCAUCUUCGUGGAAGACCACUACAUCGCCUCGCUGAGGAGUGAGAUCGAAUCGGAUGCCCACGAGUUCGAGGCAGAGUCCUGGAGCCUGGCCGUGGACUCCACCUACGCCAAGAAGCAGAAGAGGGAGGUGGUGAAAAGACAGGACGUGCUCUACGAGCUGAUGCAGACGGAGGCGCACCACGUGCGCACGCUGAAGAUCAUGGUGAAGGUGUACUCCAGGGCGUUGCGGGAUGAGCUGCAGUUCAGUGGCCAGGCCAUCGGCCGCCUCUUCCCGAGUGUGGACGACCUGUUGGAGAUGCACAGCGACUUCCUGGCCCGCCUCAAGGAGCGCCGCCAAGAGGCCCUGGAGGAGGGCAGCGAGCGAAACUAUGUCAUCCAGAAGAUUGGGGACCUCCUGGUCCAACAGUUUUCAGGUGAAAACGGGGAGAGAAUGAAGGAGAAAUACGGUGUAUUCUGUAGUGGCCACAACGAAGCCGUCAGUCAUUACAAGUUACUGCUGCAGCAAAACAAGAAAUUUCAAAACUUGAUCAAGAAAAUCGGCAACUUUUCCAUCGUAAGGCGGCUGGGUGUGCAGGAGUGCAUUCUUCUCGUCACUCAGCGCAUCACCAAGUACCCGGUGCUGGUGGAACGCAUCAUCCAGAACACGGAAGUGGGCACCGAGGACUAUGAAGACCUGACUCAGGCCCUGGACCUCAUCAGGGAUGUCAUCUCCCAAGUGGACACCAAAGUCAGCGAGUGGGAAAAGGGCCAGCGCCUCAAAGAAAUUGCAGGCAAAAUGGACCUGAAGUCCUCCAGCAAACUCAAGAAUGGGCUUACUUUCCGCAAGGAGGACAUGCUGCAGCGGCAGCUCCAACUGGAGGGGACACUGUGCUGGAAGACUACCUCAGGGCGCUUCAAAGAUGUCCUGGCCGUGCUGCUGACCGACGUGCUGCUGCUGCUGCAGGAGAAGGAUCAGAAGUAUGUCUUCGCGUCCGCGGACUCGAAGCCGCCCAUCAUCUCCCUGCAAAAGCUCAUCGUGCGGGAAGUGGCCAACCAGGAGAAGGCCAUGUUCCUCAUCAGUGCCUCCCCCCUGCAAGGGCCUGAAAUGUAUGAGAUCCACACUGGCUCUAAGGAGGACCGAAACAAUUGGAUGGCCCAAAUCCGCCGUGCAGUAGAGAGCUGUCCCAACCUGGAAGAGGGGCCCUUCAGUGAGGCUGAGGAGAAGAAGAUGUUUGAGGCCCGAGCCAUGAAACUCUUGGAAUUCCAAGAGCGCCUGAGCCUGAAGGACCACCUGAUCACACAGACCCUGCUGGAGAAGCAGCAGAUCUACCUGGAGAUGGCAGAGAUGAGCGGAUUCGACGAGCUGGGCCCAGCGCCUGGCCUGUUCCGUGGGGGCGACCCCUCGGAGACCCUGCAGGGGGAGCAGAUCCUCAGGUCCGCCUUGAGCGAGAUCGAGGGCAUCCAGAACCUCAUCUUCAGGCGGCUGGGUGGCACCAGUGGCCAGGCAGAAGAAGGAGGCAGCUCUGUGGGCCUGCCCCGGAGGGCUGACACCUUUGGGGGCUACGACAGCACCGGCAGCCCUGGCAAGAGGCCCACAGUGGCCUCACACACCUGGCUUGGGCUUGGGGUUCCAGAUGGCAACUUUAAGAAGGUCUACAGCAAUGACCCCAGACCCCGUGACUGGUGGGGCCCUGCCAGCAGCAGCCUGGACUCCAAACUCAGGGAUGACGACAUCCUGGAGGGCAUCGAGGAGUCCCCGCAGGCGACUGAGAUCCUCGGGACGAUCCUGGAGUCGGACCUUGUGCAGCGGAUCCAGAAGCUAGCCUGUCUGCUGUCCAGCCUGCAGGCGGUAAUCGUGCAGCAGGACAGCAUGGUGGAGAAGCAGCGUGCCACCAUCCAGGAGCACGAGAAGCAGUUCCGGCUGCAGUCGACACGUGGUAACCUGCUGCUGGAGCAGGAGAGGCAGCGCAACUUUGAAAAGCAGCGCGAGGAGCUGGCGGGUGUGGAGAAACUACAGAGCCAGCUGCGGCAGGAGCAGCAACGCUGGGAGCGCGAGUGCGUGCGGCAGCGGCAGGAGCUGGAGCUCGCGGGGGCACGGCUGCAGGAGCGCGAAGCCGAGGCACGGCAAUUGCGUGAGCAGCUGGAGCAGGAGCGCGCCGAGCUGGAGCACCAGCGCCAGGCCUACCAGCACGACCUGGAGCGGCUGCGCGAGGCCCAGCGGGCAGUGGAGCGUGAGCGCGAGCGCCUGGAAAUGCUGCGGAGGCUCAAGAAGCAAAACACGAUCCCUGGGGCCCUGCCGCCCGAGGCACUACCAGAGGCCCAGCCCCCCAGCUUUAAUGGAGAAGGGCUCGAGGGGUCCUCAGCGCAGGCCAAGGCCCCAGGCCCCCGGGUGACCCUCGUAAUGUCUAAUGCCGGGCUGGAGUUUGUGGAGCGCCCUGAGGUGGUCCGGCGGGACAGUGCCCCGGCCGAGGCCCGGUCUGCCAAGAGUGAGGUGCCCAUCCAGCUGCUCAGCGCCACCAACCAGAUCCAGAAGCAGGCAGCCGUGCAGCAGCAGAUCCCCACCAAGCUGGCCGCCUCCACCAAGGGGGGCAAGGACAAGGGGGGCAAGAGCCGGGGUUCCCAGCGCUGGGAGAGCUCAGGCUCCUUUGACCUGAAGCAGCAGCUGCUGCUUAACAAGCUCAUGGGCAAAGAGGAGAGUACCGUGAGGGGCCGCCGCUCGGUGAGCCCCCUCCUGCCCAGCAGCCACAGCUCCGCACCCACCCCAGACCCCUGCUUGCCAGCCCUGAGCCCCACACUGGCAGACAUCUCUCCUGAGGCCAUCACCUUCCAGCCCACUCCCCCAUGCCCCUCGCCGCUGCCGGCCACACCGCAGCCCACCCAGGAGGAGGCCAGCAAGGAGGACGUCAUCUUCUUCUGAGGGCAGCAGCUCUGGUGCAGGCCCCGGGCUGCCCAGCUGUGCCCUCCCCUGCCCACACACGCCCCCGACAGCCACCUGGCUGGGUCGGCCCAUCGGUGCUUUGGGUCUCGAAGCUCUUUCUAUAGGAUUAGUGGUGGUGCCUGGGUAAUUUCCUCAGCCUCUGUAUGUACCAGGAAGUUUUUCAUGGCAGGUUGAAUCGAAGCUAAAUCCAGGAGCUAUUUUAAAUCAUAGGGUAGGCAAGAGAUGGGCGCCCAGGAGGGUCCCUGUGGGGCUGGAGGACAGGCCAGACUUGGGUCAGAGGAGCUGUGGCCCCAGCCGGACUGUGGGACGCCCGGGAGACCUUAAGGCCCUGGAAAGGACCAAUACCUUGGGCUGCAGUGGUCCAGGGGCAGGCGGGACCUUUGCACAACAUGGACCCCUGCUAGGCAUGGAGAGGCCGGGCAGUGGGAACAGGUGGGCAGCCUUGGGGGUGGACAGGCCAUGGGGCAGAGGACUGAGGGUGACCCUGGGUAUCCCGGGAGGCACUGUGGGUGCAGCAGCUCACUUUGAAAAACCAAGCGGGGACCACUGCUGGUCACUUGGUGGAGGCUGCGACUCCAUAGUCCUGCCCAUCUGGGACAGGAGCCCCAAGCCUCAGGCUUUAGCCAAGGGAGCUUGCACCCCAGGCAGGGUCCUUAGCCUUCCAGGCUGCUAUAAGGGAGCCCUGAGGGCUCUGUCCCACCUACCAUUUCCGAGGACACCAGGAGAAGGGCCUGGAGGUGAUGCCAGCCACAGGAUGGAUGGCCAUCUUGGUGGCACCGCAUUUCCAUGAGCUGUGGAUUGGGGCAGGGGUCACACUGUGAGCCUUAGCUCCACCCCGGCUGCCUGAAUCAAGGUGGUGGCAGCUAUGCCCAACUCUGGGCUGGCAGUUAUGCCCAGAGGGGUGGCACUUGGGCCCCAGGCAGGGCCAAGUCAUUCUCCAAACCCAGGAGGGGAGUCCAUCCAUCAGUCUUGUCUGUGCAUAGGUUGUGAGAACAGGGCCAUUCCAGGCGCAGGUGAGGGGAAACCAUCAGGCACUGCUCACAUGAGCGAGCAACACGGCCCUGGUUCAGCUCUGUGGGCAGGACCUGCGCAUGCCAUGAGUCCAGCAAGGGACCACUUGGGUACACGAGGCACAGACCGUGCUGAAAGUGGCAGCACAGCCAGCCUGUGGCUUGCCAUCCCCGCCCCAUCGCUGUCAUCGUCCCUGGGCCUCUGACCCUUCCCGUCAGCAGCGCUCUGUCCUGAGUCCCAAGUGUCCCCCAAUGUCCGCCAGGUCCCCUCCGUGCCAUGUGCUAAUCAGUGUUGUAUAUUUUUGUACUGAGGCGUUGGAGCACUUUAGAAAAGCUGACCUCGAGCUCUGCUCUGCAGUGGAGCACAAGUUCCUGCCCCACCCCACCCAGUAUCCCAGAGGGGCUGGGGGAGUGGGGUGCCAGGUGGGGGGCUCCUCGGUCACUCCCGGGAGAGUACGGUUCUGUCUGUGAAGUUGGUGGCUGUACUGUUCCCGCGGGAUCUGUCCACAUCACGGGUGUCUAUGACCAUGACCGUGAUCUUAGCCCCCCUGAUUACUCCUAGGGAUUCCAUUUCCUCUGUGGGACACUGCGGGAACACCUAGAACUUCAGACCAGAUGCUAGCAAUAAAGGUGUCGAAGAUGA